AUGUGCAUCAAAAAUAUGAACACUGUUGUGCGACAGAUAACGGUGACGGUGACGUUGACAUUGGUGAGCAGUCUAGGGAUAGUUUACUGUGAGCCAGAACCACCAUUGAGUAACCAGUAUGGUGUUCCUGGAAAUUUCCCGGUAACCAACAAUCACCAAUCUCAGGGAGGCAUAAUAAAUAGCUACGGCGCUCCACUGGGACAAUCAUCUCCUGAUGGCAAUACUCAUCACGAUGACCAUCAGGAUUACAUCGACAGUCAGCCAAAAUCAUACGAGUUUGGAUAUGCAGUUAAAGAUUCAGCAACAGGGAAUGAUUUUGGACGACAAGAGACCAGUGACGGUGAAACGGUACGUGGAGAGUAUCGGGUACAACUUCCGGACGGAAGAACUCAGAUAGUCACGUAUACGGCUGAUUGGCGAACUGGAUUCCAUGCGGAUGUUAGAUACGAGGGUUACGAUUACAAUCCUGGUAAUCAACAAGGAGCAUUCAACAACAACUAUCAAUUUGGCUCCCAGGGAAAUCAAUACAAUAAUAAUGGUUACUCUGGAAGUAGUAAUACCUUUGGAUCUGCUCAAGUACCACCACGACCAACCUACGGUACACCGCAGUAUCACUAA